UCGAGCUCUUUGUCCUUAAGAUUCCGCUUGACAUGGUUUUAGAAUAUGAGGGUACGAUACACCAACGAGGUCGAAAUGGACGCCACGUGGAUUGGUUCAAAGAUUAAGGAUAAAAAGUGAAGUUCAUAAUCGUAUAUAAAGGGCGACAACAUCUCAUUAGAGAGAAACCAUACCCCCAUUUUAAAUAAAUCCAUUGCGACAUCGGGCCAUCGACAUGUAUUCAAAUUUGACUCCAAUAACGCUGGCGGUCGAGGCAUCUGGUAACGGGGCAACUCUUUGAUUUUGCCCCGAGCGAAUAAGGAACUUUGUUCAAUGCUGGUCCCGCGUUAAUGGUGUAAGCCGCGGGAUAACUAAGGGCAAUUCCCUCGUUAAAGCGAGCCUCUAGGAAUUUUUCUGUUUAGCCAGUUCUCCUCGAAUGCAGGUGUUAGUCUGGGGCAUGCAUUAUGGGGCUGGGGCCCCCGGAUCGACAAUGCAAAAUUGGACCAUGUCUAGCUCUGGCUCGCAAGCUUAAACAUCUAUAUACCAUGGCAUUGAUUUCACGUGCGAAGCUGGAAGCUGCCGCGUGGGCUGCUCGCUUCCCUUACAUCCACCUACUAUUGUGUCUCAUCUUCAUCGCCGACCACGUCUUCGGCUUCGAGAAUGUGGUGGCGCGCGCUAGGAGACGCCUGAAUAGCAGCGCCUACAUCGGCAAUGCCGUCCCUCGACUGUACAUCUACUCGAGCGCGGAUCAGAUGGUGCCUGCACCAGACGUCGAGACCCACGCCAAGCAGGCACGUCGCGCCGGUUACAGCGACGUAGCCAACUUACGCUUUGAGGCCAGCGGUCACUGCGCCCACGCCUCCAGAUAUGCCGAGCAGUAUUGGGACGGCAUCGCUAGACUUUUUGACAAGAGCAACAUCAUCGCACAAGGGUGGCAAUGGGAUUUGAUCUCCUCUCGUAGUCUGUUAAUAAGUUUAAGUGCAUUUUAA